UCGAAUUUUAAAUAUUUUUCGAAAGUUGUGCAUUGAUAAGGGAUUUGUUAUCAGUAUUUCUGACUUAUUUUAACGAUUUUGCGAAUAUAUUAAGUGAAUAUGGAGUCGAUAUCGUUUAGCGAUAAUGAAAUCAAACAACAGCUCGCCGCUCUUGGCUAUUUUAAUGUUUCUGAAGACAGAAUGAAGCAAUUUCGCAAAGAUCUCCACAAACUGAUAGAGCAUGACCAAUCCACAACAGGCAGUUCUUCCUGGUUUACUGGGGUCUCUUCACCAACUUCAAACUCUGGACAAUCUGAAUUCAGUGAAACUUCAGAUAAAAACCCCACAAUCUUUAGAUCUUCAAUGAAACCGGCAUCUUUAUCAAGAUUUCAACCUCAUUUGCAGGUUGACCCUCACCCCUCCCCUCCAACCAUCUCCCAUCAUUCCCCUCACCCAAUGGAUCCAACACAUGAUGAAACUCAAAGUGAAGCAUCAGAUAUUUCUACUCAUGACCAGCCAAACUACCCCAGUCCUCACUUCACAUCAACCCACCCAUCUACCGAAGCCUCAACACACUGGACUGACCACGUAUUCACUGAUGCGACCGACACCGAUAGAACACAAACACCAGAACCAGAUCAGUCGAGUCAGAAAGUGAUUCGAAAACGGAAAGUUCUUCGGAAACAAGUAGACGGCACACCUCGUGUAUACAAUGAAUCAUUAGUGGAGGACAACAACAUGAUGUAUCGGAUGAAAGGAGAAUCUUUGGACGAUUCUUUUCUAUCUCGAGUCUCACCGCGGAUCCCUCUUCCACCUCGUCCUAAUACUGCAAGGCCAGCUCUGAAGGAACAUUAUCGCUCAGCAUUCGAAGAAUUUACGAAUAAGAAUCAACCGCCUUCAUUUAUUCGUCCAAGCACUACAAACCCACACACAAGAAACCUUAAGAAAGUGGAUCCUGUGAACAAGUACCACCAAUACAAGGAGUUUUGGUCAAAUAUCAAAGCACCCGGUGAAAAAUCGCAUAGGAAUCUACGUUGGGAAGUUAAAGCACAAAUGAUGUAUAAAGAGGAACCAGCACCAAAACCACAAAGGGUGUAUGUGCCGAACACAUACGUUGUACCGACAAGCAAAAAGAGAUCUGCGUUACGUUGGGAAGUCAGACAUGCAAUGGAACAUGGGUUGCCGAUUCCAACAGCAUAUGAUGUGUAUUAGAUAAUUUUGUGUAAUGUUGUCCUUUGUAUUUAGGCAGAUGUUGUGAGAUUUUACAAAAUAAAAGUUUUAUACCAUGA